AUGCUGAAUUACAGAUCAUACUAUUUCAUCGGACUGUUCCUACCCUUCCCUCAUCACUUGGCCUGGACAACAUCCGCAGUGUCUCCCGUCGACCGGGGAGUGCUUGACGAUACCCACGAGAUUUACGACCCGAAUACGAUAACGAAUCUUCCGCGGCAGCGCCAACAGCAGCAACCCACUCUUGAGUCUACAAUUUCUUCGUCUUUUCAACAAUUUCCUCAUCCUCCUCCACCUCGACCUGCGAGCGCUGCAAGCGACCACCGCCCACUGCGUCGAGUCUCGCCUCUAGGAGGAAAUAAUCUACCAUCAGCUGCAGCUCACCGUCGUGUCGCCUCAGUUGAUGCAACUUUCCGUACUCAGCGCGACCGAAGCUUCAUCCGACAACCGAUUAAUCCAGCAUUCGGCCGCCGUGCAGGUACAGCGGGUGUCACUUCUGCUGAUAUAGCCCCGGCGCUUUCUGAAGCAGAGACAGAAGCUUGCGCAUCAACCACAGGCGACUCUGUUAGUCAGCUCGACGAGUUAUACUGGCCGUCACGGUCCACUAGAGUAUCGCCGCGUACCGCAUCUGCGAUUCGUUGGGUACUGGAAGAGGCCAUUCGAAAGCCCUUCCCUUUCACUCCUGUGCUAGAGGAAUUGAACGCUCCCAUGUCGGAGAUAUCGGGUCCUCCAGGACCGGUUGGGACAGGGACUCAAUCUCGUCCUCACAAUGGAGGUUCACGUCCAGUCCACGGGCCCAGGCCGGUGCACACUCAAGUUCCAGCAGGUGUUCGAACACCUACUGAUAUUAUGAGAGACCGUCGAGAUAGGGAAGCUCGGAAGAAAGCUGAAAAGGAGGCACAUGAACGUGAACGUGUACUACAAGAACAAGAGCAAACGAAGCAACAAAUCCAACAACAGUAUGCUGCUGCUACCGGUGCUGCCGCGGAAGAAGCACCUGCUCAGCGAAGACAGCCCAAUGUACGCCAAACAGCAGUAGUCGAGCCGGCUAUCUAUCCAGAGCAACCUACGGGAUCGUACCAACAAACCCCAGCCGCUGCUACUCGGAGAACAGAAGCUAGCAGAGUCCCUGCUAAUGUCGCGAGCACCCCACGAGCGCAAAUGAGACCACCAACUACAUCCCAACAAGGUGCUCCAGCCGUGGGAGGGGGCACUUUCCAACCUCCACCUCAGUCGCAACCACAAGCCAAACAAACACAGCCCCCGCAAGGUGCUCCUCAACCAGGUGCCGGCGACCCUCAACCCGGUCAGGCCCCAGCUCAAGAUCAGUUGAAAAGGACUACGUUUCCUCAUGCUUUCGAACGAUGGGAAACUCUGUCCUCUCACUGGGAAGGUUUGACGGGAUAUUGGAUUCGCAAAUUGGAACAAAACAACAAUGAACUGAGUCAGGACCCGCUCAACCAGCAGAUGGCUCGUCAAAUCAACGAUUUAUCUGCUGCAGGUGCAAAUCUGUUUCAUGCAGUGGUAGAACUACAACGUCUCCGCGCAUCCUCUGAACGACGCUUUCAGCGAUGGUUCUUUGACACACGGUCAGAACAAGAAAAAGCUCGAGAGGUACAAGCCAAUCUCGAAAGACAAGUUGCAGCACUGAAACUCGAGCGUGAUGACGCCAUUGAGUUGCGCCAAAAGGCUGAUGCUGAUCGCAAGAGAGCGGAGGAUCUGGUCAAGGAAAUGCGCCGUGAGCUACAGAUAUCCAAGGAGGAGGCGAGAAGAGCGUGGGAAGAACUCGGUCGCAGAGAGCAGGAAGAACGAGACCGAACAGCUUCUCUCCGUAACGGUGAGCCUACAGUGGUAGGCGGCGUUCAAGUGUUGCCGAUGAUUGCCGGAAUUCCAAGUCGACAAAACAGCAGCGCCGCUCGACCACCAACACGCGAGGGACCUUAUCCCGGCGGCCCUGCACAGUCUAGCAUAGGCGGACAACAUGAGGUCCCUGAACAAGAUCCAUAUAAUGAAGAGCCAUCUUUGACUGAGACCGACCCGUUCGUCGAAUCAACCCAGCGAGCAGGUCAUGGGUAUCAACCUGCUACCACACGCCCACCAACCUCAUCAUCAGCCACUAUUGUCGGCGGUACACCCACUUCUCAACCUCCCAUCAACACAGGUGCAUAUGCGGAUCCCUCCGGUCGAUUUUACCAACACGGCGGAUCAGCCCUUCACAAUGAACCCGAACCCGACGCACGUUCCUACGUCGCCAGCACCGAAGGCAGUGAAUUAGACGAAGAAUACGCCAGAAACCACCCGGACUACCGGCAGGGCUAUGCAGGCAGCGAAGGAUACGACGAUGAAGAAGAAGAGCCCUACGACCCCGCCGCCUACCCUCCAGGCACAUCCGCCGGAUCCUCUGUACACGGCUACGGCCAGGGAAGUGUCGACUACAGCGGUUCUGGAUGGGGUGGAUGGGAUUCUAUAACGCCCCGACACCGCCAUCCAACGCGCCUUAGUGACGUGUUGGAAGAAGAAGAUGAGAGAAGUCGUACCAGUCCCAGUCGUGCCAGUCAGGCAAGCCGCGGUUUACAUUAACCGUCAACUCUGCAACGACCACGGUUGACACAAGCCCAGACUCGACUCUAACCAGUGGAAAGUUUACUUUCGACUGUUUAUCCUUUUUCUAACGGGGUCAUACAAGCAUCAUGAAUGAACCUUGCAUAUGUCCUCGCGUCUUCUUAUUUCGUUUCUUUUUCCUCUGUUGGAUAUGAUAUGGAGAUCUUUUCAAUAUCUUAUAGCACUUUUUUCUUUUUCC